GUAUUACGCAUUUUGUUGACUGCUCAACUUGAGCACUGCAAUAAAUAAAACAUGCAACGCUAACAGCUUUAUCUGAGAACUCAUCUGACGAAUUAUUCCCAUACUAGUUUUGCAGGCAAAGUAGGAAUACACUCCAAAUGAUUCCUUUCCCUUGUACACACUCUCAACCUACCAGAGUACCACAAAUCAGACUUCCCAUGUUCCUUUGUCAAACACUCAAAUGAUUGGCCGUUUCCUAUCGCAACGAGCACGCAUCCAAGAAAAGCUGCUAAUUAGAACUCGGGGAAACUACGGCAACAAGAAGGAAGCUAGGUGAACUGUAACAGAAUUACAUAGCAAAUUGAACAGGAAUGCCGAAAGCUGGGUCAAAAGUCCUCUCGGCAGUGGUCAGAGUUACCCACAUUUUAGCUGCAGUUUCAUAAAAGUGAAACACUUUGGGAUAUAGCUGUAGAGGAAGUUCUGCACAAGGAAAACUUGGAGACCAAAGAAGAUGAACAAAAGUUGGAUGUUUGGGAAAGGACUGUAUUCUUUGUAGGCAGUAAAGCUGGAACGAUCAGUUGCAGAGCCAGCAGAUAGUUUACUGACAGUGUGAUGAAGUAUAGCAGGACCCACAGCCGUCAGUACAACAGAUACUGGUGCCAUUGUUGAAAUCUCCAGCCAUGACACCUUUCACCAACCCACUUGCAGCAUGGACUUUUGUUUGUGUUCAGGGAAAGACAACUCUCAUCCUGAGAUUUCUUGACAGAGAUGAAGCACCAAAACCAACGCUUGCUUUAGAGUAUACAUUUGGUAGAAGAGCUAAAGGACACAACACGCCUAAGGAUAUUGCACACUUGUGGGAACUGGGUGGUGGUACUUCCCUGACUGAGCUGAUUACAAUACCAAUAAAUGUCAGCAGUAUACGGACAUUAUCCUUAGUUCUGGUUCUGGAUCUAUCAAAACCCCAUGAUUUGUGGAUGACCAUGGAGAAGCUUCUGCAAGCUGAUAGGAUACAAGUCAACAAAGUUCUGACUGAACUGGGAAAGACUGAUUCUGCAGGUGCCAAUGAACUCAAACGGCAGAUUUGGAAGACUGUUUCAAAAGAUCAUCCUGACCAUGAGUUAAUUGAUCCAUUCCCCAUUCCACUUGUAAUAAUAGGAAACAAGUAUGAUAUCUUUCAGGAUUUUGAUUCAGAGCAAAGAAAAGUAAUAUGUAAAACUCUUCGGUGUGUUGCACAUUACUAUGGAGCAUCACUGGUGUUUACUAGCUAUAAAGCUGAAGCUCUUGUACUGAAGAUGCGUAACCUAAUUAACCAUUUAGCAUUUGGAACCGAGAGAAAUAAAGCAGUGUCUGUAGACUACAACAAACCACUAUACAUACCAGCUGGACUGGAUUCUUUCAACCAAAUAGGUUCUCUUUCUGAUACCGAUAUUGGAAAACUGCGUACUCAGAAACUUACUGAAGUUUGGAAAAUAAUGUUUGAGAGGGUAUUUCCAGCAAAAAGCACCAGUGGUAUGAAAGAUAUAAAAGACCCAGCCAAAGAUCCACAAUAUGCAGAACCUGAAGUUGAUGCAAUGAGAGCUCAAAAAGACCAGGAACUUGAACAAUACAAGCGAAAUGCUUUAAAAUCUUGGAAAGGAAUACAGCUUGAUUCACGUGGCACAUAAUUGGAACCCUACCUCUUAUUAGGGUCGAAAAAAGGUGCAUAUAUGGAUUGUUCUAACAUUCCAACAAAUUCAUAGAAUGGCUGUCAGCAGUGUUUUCCAUUUGGUUUUGGAAAACUGUAUGAUCUUUUCUUUGAGAGCUGUUUUAUAUUUUCUAAUAAAAGUGUUGAUUCUCUCA